GUUAGUAAGAGGCGUCACUCGGCCCUCACCGUUUUAUAUCCCUAGCGCUCCGCCUAAACCUCUCUUCUCUGCAUCAUUCUUCUCGGAAUAUAGAAAUUACAGAAAAGAAUUGUUAGAGAGAGAGAGAGAGGGAAUUCUAGAGAGAGAAAAUAGAGGUGUUUCUUGCAUAGUGGCGACUGAAAACCCAGAAGAAGGAGAGGCGGGCAACGGCCGUCUCCAGGUGUUUUUGUCGUCGUUUUGGGCUAGUCUUGGAGGAGUUUUUGGGGGACACAGCAACAAUCAGAAAGAACCGGAGAUAGAAGAAGAAGAGUUAGAUUUAGAGAUGGCUUCAAGAGCUGUUGUUCCCGAGCAACCCAGAGUUGGAGGAGGGAAGCAGAAAAAUGCACAAGCUGAAGGUAGAAACCGGCGGGUUCUAAGAGACAUUGGAAACUUGGUAGCCGCACCAGCUGUGGAGGGGAAGCCUCAGAAUCAGAUCACUCGGCCGAUAACACGAAGCUUUGGUGCUCAACUAUUGGCAAAUGCACAAGCAGCAGUAGAGAAAAACAACUGCAAGAAACCACUGGUAGAUAAUGUGAAUGUUUUAGUGGGAAACGAUGGUGCUGCAAAAGCCAAAGCCAUGCCCAAGAAAGAACCGGGAAUUAAGGCAAAGAACGAUGUACUCGUUAGUCCUGAUCAAGUAGGAAGCCCCAAGAGUGGAACAAAAAUGAAGGAAAAAAUGUCCUCAAGAAAGUCCGGCAAAAGUCUCACUGCAGUCCUUACUGCUCGAAGCAAGUCUGCUUGUGGACUUACUAAGAAGCCAAAGGAUUUACUAGCAGACAUCGAUGCAGCAGAUGGAGAUAAUGAAUUGGCAGCAGCAGAGUAUGUUGAGGAUAUGUACAAUUUCUACAAGCUUACAGAGGAAAAUGGCCGAGUUCACGACUAUAUGGAUUCACAACCAGAAAUCAACCCCAAGAUGAGAGCCAUUCUUGUGGACUGGCUGAUUGAAGUCCACAAGAAGUUUGAACUGGUGCCUGAGAGUCUCUACCUUACAAUCAAUAUCGUGGAUCGAUUUCUGUCACUGAAAACUGUUCCGAGGAGGGAACUGCAGUUGGUUGGGAUUAGUUCAAUGCUAAUUGCUUGCAAGUACGAGGAAAUAUGGGCACCGGAGGUCAGUGACUUCAUAGCCAUAUCAGAUAACGCUUAUGUGAGGGAGCAGGUGCUUCUGAUGGAGAAAGCAAUUCUUGGGAAGUUGGAAUGGUAUCUCACAGUUCCAACUCCAUACGUCUUUCUCGUCAGAUACAUUAAAGCAUCCGUUCCGGCUGACAAGGAGAUGGAGGACAUGGUGUUUUUCUUUGCUGAGCUUGGUUUGAUGAAUUACUCGAGCAUUGUAAACUACAGCCCUUCAAAGCUUUCUGCUUCUGCAGUAUACGUUGCCCGUUGCACUCUUAACAGGAGCCCGUUAUGGACUGAGACACUGAAGCAUUAUACAGGCUACUCUGAGGACCAGCUGAUAGAAUGUGCAAAGAUGUUGGCAAGUUUUCACUCAGGAGCAGCAGAAAACAAGCUCAAGGCAGUUUCCAGGAAGUACACUGAUCCUGGAAGAAAUGCUGUUGCUCUGUUUCCUCCAGCUAAAAGUCUUCUUCCAGCUUAAGUUAUUAUUUAGGAAUAGAUAAAAAUAACCCUCUUAGUUUGAGAUCAUUCGGACUGUUAUGAUCUCUCUCGUAUUUGGCUUCUAGGAAUUUCUCAGGGUUUGGUUCACACGUCUUUUGAGUUGAUUUACUACUAGUAAAAUCAUUAUGUAAAAACAACAUAUUGUUUGUUCAAACUGAGGGUUUUAUUGUAGAAUUUGUGUAUGUUUUUGUACUCACUUUUAUUUAAUGUGAGAGGCAAAUGAAUACUUGUACACAGAA